GAGGUGCGCUCGCGGGUGGACGGUCUGCACCACACGCGCCGGCAGGUGGAGAAGGACACGUCGACGGCCACGCGCCGCCUGACGCACCUGAUGGACGAGCUGAGCUACCUCGGGGUCGAGGUAGGCAGCGCCCAGGACGACCUGCAGAUGCUCGCGGACCUCACGGCGGGGCGCGAGCCCUUCUCGCCGGGCGGCCAGGAGUUCUCCGCCAUGGAGUCCGACGCGGCGUCCAUCGGCGACAUCAAGGGUUCCUUGGCCAAGAUCUCCGCCGAGAAGAAGGCCCAGCAGGCGCGCCUGCAACACAACAUCGAGAAGCAGCGCCAGACGGAGCAGGACCGCAGCCUCAUGGUGGCGGCCAUCGAGGCCGAGCGCAGCAAGCUCAGCCAGCUGCGCGCCGAGCGGAUGAAGCUGUGCGAGGAGAGACUGGUGCUGGAGAGGGAGAUGGCGCAGAUCGCGCAGAAGCACUGGGAGGUGCAGCACGCCGCCGCCGACAAGCUGGGCGCGAGCCCGUCCCGCGCGGCAGCGCCGCAGCCCUCGUCCAACCCGCCAGCGCGUGGCAUCCGCACGGAGGGCCAGGCGCCCGUGGUCUACGCCAGCACCGACGGGCCGUCGAGGUCGCAGGUGCUGCUCACGAAGACCGACCCGCGCGCCAACACCUCCGUCUUCGGCGUGCGCUCCUCGGGAGCCCCGUGCAGGGCAUUUGAGCGCGCCCGGUGCGGCUGUCGGCGGGGCGCGCUCUGAAGGGCCAGCGAUAGCACCGCGUCGCGUGUGCGACCCUGUCGUCUUCUGACCCCUUUGGCUGCAUGGCAAAUAGAGCGCAUGCUCGCGAAUCCGACCGCGGCUGCUGCGGGGGGGCGCCCCGGCGGCUCAAAGAGGCCACGGGCUCCCCCCUGACGGUGGGGCUUCCCCGGGGCCCCCCUGCCGAGCCCAGGCGUCAGGGGUGCUGGACCCGAGACCUCCUGGCUAUAUUGCCAGGGGCAACACUCAAGGGGGGGGGAUCUGCCCAGGGGGGCAUGCACGGACCCCUGGUUGCCCACUGCUCGCCG